GGGAAAGUUGCAGCUUUUUCCGCCUCCUGGGAGGGUUGAGUAGGGCCGGCCGCCUGGGUUGCUGGUCUAAGUCUUUUUGGAGCUAGAGACCCUUCCAACCAUUCGGCACCCGGACCUUUGGUCACCUAGUAGCACCUGUUGCAGGUGACAGACACAUCUGGUCACUCUUCUUGCCCAGGUUGCUUUGAAGGAAGAGGAGGAGCCUAAAGCCACCAUGUCGGAGAUACUAGACCUCUCUUUUCUGUCCGAGAUGGAAAGGGAUUUGAUCCUCGGUGUUCUGCAGAGAGAUGAAGAACUCAGAAAAGCAGAUGAGAAAAGGAUUCGGCGACUGAAGAAUGAGCUCCUGGAGAUCAAAAGAAAAGGGGCCAAAAGGGGCAGCCAACACUAUAGUGAUCGAACCUGUGCCAGGUGCCAGGAGGGCCUGGGCCGCUUAAUUCCCAAAAGCAGCACUUGUGUGGGCUGCAAUCAUUUAGUGUGCCGAGAAUGCCGAGUUCUGGAAAGCAAUGGCUCUUGGAGGUGCAAGGUGUGCUCGAAGGAGAUAGAGCUGAAGAAAGCAACUGGAGAUUGGUUUUAUGACCAGAAAGUAAAUCGCUUUGAUUACCGAACAGGCAGCGAGAUAAUCAGGAUGUCCCUGCGCCAGAAGCCUGCAGUGAAUAAAAGAGAGACAGCGGGGCAGUCCCUCCUUCAGCAGACACAGAUGGGUGAUAUCUGGCCAGGAAGAAGGAUCAUUCAAGAACAACAACAGAGGGAACAAAGUGUGCUGUUUGAAGUGCCAAAGACCAGAAGUGGAAAGAGUGCACUGGAGGCUGAGAGCGAGAGUCUGGAUAGCUACACUGCUGACUCAGACAGCACCUCCAGGAGAGAUUCUCUGGAUAAAUCUGGACUCUUCCCAGAAUGGAAGAAGAUGUCCGCUCCCAAAUCUCAAGUUGAAAAGGAAAUUCCACCAGGGAACCAAAAUGCAGUCUGUGGUGAUGAGGGUGACAUGGUAUUCAAGAAGAACACCAAAAAAGUCCUGAGGCCUUCAGAAUACACUAAGUCUGUGAUAGACCUUCGCCCAGAAGAUGUGGCCCAAGAAAGUGGCAUCUUGGGAGACAGAAGCAAAUCUGUACCAGGCCUCAGUGUGGAUAUGGAAGAAGAGGAGGAGGAGGAAGAGGACAUUGACCACCUGGUGAAGUUGCACCGCCAGAAACUGGCCAGAGGCAGCAUGCAGAGUGGCUCCUCCAUGAGUACCCUUGGCAGCAUUAUGAGUAUCUAUAGCGAAGCUGGUGAUUUUGGGAACAUCUCUGUGACGGGCAAGAUUGCCUUUUCACUGAAGUUUGAGCAGAAAACACAGACUUUGGUCAUCCAUGUCAAGGAGUGCCACCAGCUGGCCUAUGCUGAUGAAGCCAAGAAGCGUUCUAACCCAUAUGUGAAGACUUAUCUUCUGCCUGACAAGUCCCGCCAAGGAAAAAGAAAAACCAGCAUCAAGCGGGACACCAUCAAUCCACUAUAUGAUGAGACCUUUCGGUACGAGAUUUCGGAAUCUCUUCUGGCUCAGAGGACUUUGCAGUUUUCCGUUUGGCAUCAUGGUCGUUUUGGCAGAAACACUUUCCUUGGAGAGGCGGAGGUCCACAUGGACUCUUGGAAGCUGGAUAAGAAGCUGGAUCACUGCCUCCCUUUACAUGGAAAGAUCAGUACUGAGUCCUCGCCUGGUUUGCCAGCACACAAAGGCGAGUUGGUGGUUUCAUUGAAAUACAUCCCAGCCUCCAAACUCCCUGUUGGAGGUGACCGGAAAAAGAGUAAAGGUGGGGAAGGGGGAGAACUCCAGGUGUGGAUCAAAGAAGCCAAGAACCUGACGGCUGCCAAAUCAGGAGGGACUUCAGACAGCUUUGUCAAGGGAUACCUCCUUCCCAUGAGGAACAAGGCCAGUAAGCGUAAAACUCCUGUGAUGAAGAAGACUCUGAGUCCCCACUACAACCAUACAUUUGUCUACAAUGGUGUGAGGCUGGAAGAUCUACAACACAUGUGCCUGGAACUGACUGUAUGGGACCGGGAGCCCCUGGCCAGCAAUGACUUCCUGGGAGGGGUCAGACUGGGUGUUGGCACUGGGAUCAGUAAUGGCGAAGUGGUGGACUGGAUGGAUUCGACUGGUGAAGAAGUAAGCUUGUGGCAGAAGAUGCGACAGUACCCAGGGUCUUGGGCAGAAGGAACUCUGCAGCUCCGUUCUUCAAUGGUCAAGCAGAAGCUGGGUGUAUGAGUUCCUAUCCUCAUCUGCAGGUGCAGCCCUGGUCAGUCCAAGUCAAAAGAAAGCAAAGCAACCACAAGAAAAGAUUUCUAAUUUAAUGUGUGUGUGUGUGCAUGUGUGUGUGUAUGUGUGUGUGUGUAAACAUGUAUUUCUACAGAUCUUAUUUUGCUAGCAAGUGUGGCACAGGCUUGCUCCUUCUUUUAAAGCAGCCCAAGAAUAAGGGCCCUUUCAAAUGGUUUUUAUUUAUAUAUAAUCUAGUAUAGUUUUUGAGUACAUAGUUGGCUUUUUCUGUGGUUUAAUUAAGUUUAAAAACCAUAUUACAACAACUCUCUACUUUCUAUCUUGCUAUCUUUGCUCACACUUUCGCUGGAAGUGUGGCUGCUUUUGGCACGAGUUCUAGUUCAUGGGUCUAAGUGUGCCUGAUCAAAGGCCAGAGCUCUUGGAAGCAAGGUUUGGUUGUUCAAGAUAUUAUUAGACUAUGGGAGAAGGGUGAACGAGCAGUCCUUCCUCUCUAAUUUGUAUUUUAUCUCAUCAUCUACCUUGAUACCCUUCUAGAACUUGCCUUUUAACUUUUCCCGUUUUAAGCAGUUUCCACCUUGCUUGAGUAUAGUGUUUUUCUUUGAAAUGCAAUGAAAAAUUCCCCAGCUCCUUCUGAGGCCUUUGGGGAGUCCUUAUAAUGGAGUCACUGUAGAAAAAUCACUUUAAUUAGAUAAUGGCCUUUUCACUGAGACAUUAACAUGUCCCAUGAGACCUACUAGCUGAUCCCACAAGGUCCAAGUGACUCUGAAUGAAGUUUUUCAAAGCCUGUGCUGAGUUCUCUGUUUUAAACUGUUACAGCACUUGUUGGACAGAGAUAUCCUUAUCUCCCUCAUGGAAGAUGAGGCAUGUUCACUCUCAUGUAUUAUCGCUUUCUCUAAGUUUGUGUCUGGGUGUGCUGCUACAUAGAACAUAGUCUGUAUACCUCUGUUUCAUCUGCAAGGGCCAAAGACCGUCUAAAAUGACACCGUGCUCCCCCAGGUUGGGUACUAGUACCAUGCCAUGAAAAUGUGGAUGGAAUUCCCCAGCCAUUCUAACUUUUCACCCAAUAUACUUUCAGUUCCUGUCUUUGGUUGUUUCCUAAACUUGACCUGGGUGUAACAUGGGAGUAGUGUGUGUUGAGACUUAAAAGAGGUUCUAGUGGGCUUUCAUUUCCUGCUACUCAUUCUUCCGAACUGAACUUUUCAUUCAUAAGCAGUCUGUCUAUAGAAAGGUGUAUGUGGAAGGUGUCUGGAGCAGAGAAGAAAUGCCUGUCAGUGACAUCCAGCUGCAAGUUGACAUUCCUGUAAGGUCACUGGAUUGCAGGCAGCUAAAGUGAUUAAGAUUAUGGGUGUAAACUGCAUAGAAUGUUUUUCAAAGAUUCCCUUCAAUAUGGAUUGAUCCUGUAAUGGAAACAUACCUGAGAGCCCAGGCUCAGACUUGUUCUUUGAUAUUCUACUUUAAUAUGCAUGUGUGUUUCAAUAAAGCUUUCUCACCCGAGUGUUUACAUUUGA